AUGAAGUUUAAAGAGCUUAUGAAGGAUCUUAUUAAGAAAAAGAUUUUUGGAAAAGUACAGGCCUUCAUAUAUGUCAUUGAGUUUCAGAAGCGGGGACUUUCACAAGCCCAUAUUCUAUUGAUCUUUCAUACUGACAAAAGUUCUGAUUCAGUAACCAAGCCACUUGCAUAUGCAACAGUAACAAAAAACAUGAUCCAUAGUCUAUGUGAUGAUAAAUACAAUGAUAAAGUUUGCUGCAUGAAAAAUGGAAAAUGUGAAAAAAAACUUCCCAAAAAAAUUAACAAUGAAACAAUAGACAAUGGAAAUGGCUACCCAUUAUACUGA